CAAUCAGAGAGAGAGAGCGAGAGAGAGAGCGGGUGUCGGACACCCUCCCUCCACUUGACGCGUUCUCCAUCCGUCCUACCCGGCAGACGGAGCAGACCUCCGGGUAGGCACCGUGGAUUUGCACCCCUUUUUUCCACCGCGACUCAAGUGGGGAGCCCGCCGCCUCGCGCAGGAAGGAGGAGGCAUGGAGACUCGGCCGUCAUAGUUUGCCGGAACUUAUCGCUUUCUUACCAUCGAGAGGAAAUUCGCGAGCUGCACAUCUGCUCCGGGAUUGCUUAUUUGGAUUUCGGGGAGCCCAGCCCGACCGGUUGUGGGUUCGUUUCGGAGGAGACGAGGGGUUCUUUUCGUCCUCUCUUUCGCUCUGGCCACCCCCCACCCGCCCAACUCAACGUCCCGUGCUUCCCCUUUGGCACGUUUCUAUGUUUGAGUGGCAAUUAGAUCCCGCGGAGGAUUUUGGAGAUUGCGGAAUUUGAGGUUGGGGUGUCCCUGCUGUUCACCGGGGCUCAGACGGACUGGCUCAGGACACCAUGGAAGUGCUUUUGUUUGGAUGUUACGGAGAUGUUUGCGAGAUGCUGAGGAAGACCAGGGGACUCAACCUGCUGUUGCUCUGCUGUCUAUUAGCCGCUCACAACUCUGCACACGCAUCCGAUGCCUCUUCUUCCUCCUCGAUGAGCCCGAGAGGUUUCGCGGACUUCACGUUCACCAAGGAGCCACAAGACACGGUGACGGUGCGAGGCGGCGUGCUCCGGCUCGACUGCCAGGCCCGCUCGGACGUGGCGUCGGGAACCCCGACCGUCACGUGGAGGAAAGACGGCGUGCUGCUGGGCGCCCUGGUGGACGAACGGCGGCAGGAGCUGGCCAACGGAUCCUUACUGGUUCACAAUAUCCUGCACUCGCGGCACCACCGCCCCGAUGAGGGCGAAUACCAGUGCCUGUCCACCCUCGAGGGCCUCGGAAGUAUCGUCAGCCGGACCGCCAGAGUCACCGUGGCUGGUCCGCUAAGAGUGGCGGUCCCCACCGAGUCGGUCUCCUCGUAUCUGGGCGACACCGCGCUCCUGCGUUGCGAGGUCUCGGGGGAACCGACGCCCGUCAUCCGCUGGCAGAAAAACCGAGACGAUCUGCCGGCGACCUUUGAGCCCUCGUCUCGCCUGGCGGUGCUGCCGUCCGGUUCGCUGCAGGUCAGCCGCGUCCAGCCGCCGGACUCGGCCACGUAUCGCUGUCUGGCCGACAACCCCGGCAGCACGAGGACGGGGACGGACGCCGAGCUAAGGGUGCUCCCAGAGCCCGGCGUCAACCGCAACCUGCGCUUUCUCCAGCGGCCUUUGAGAGUGACCGCGCUGCUGGGAACCGAUGCCGUGCUGGAAUGUUCCGCCUCCGGAUACCCGACUCCCAGCAUUCAGUGGCGGAGAGGCGAAGAAGUCAUCCAGACCUGGAAUAAGAAGUAUUCUCUGUUGGCUGGCAGCAAUCUGAUCAUCCGGAGCGUCACCGAUGACGACUCUGGCAGUUUUUCCUGCACUGCUGCCAACAAGAACCACAACAUCACUGCCAGCGCAGAACUCAGCGUGCUGGUUCCGCCCCAAUUCCUCAACUAUCCGACCAACACGUACGCCUCGGAAUCCACUGACAUCGAGUUGGAGUGCGCCGUGACGGGAAACCCGCCGCCGACCAUACGCUGGAUGAAGAACGGGGAGGAGGUUAUCCCCAGUGACUAUUUCCAAAUCGUGGAUGGCAGCAACCUGCAGAUUCUCGGUUUGGUCAAGUCGGAUGAAGGAUUUUAUCAGUGCGUGGCAGAGAACAUUGCCGGCAGCUCGCAGGCCAUGGCUCAACUGCUGCUCCGAGAGCCAGUGUCCCCCAGCCCAGGCGUCGCCCUCCCCUCCGCCCCCCGCGACCUGGUCCCUGUCCUAGUGUCCAGCCGAUUUGUCCGACUCAGCUGGCGGCCCCCGCAGGACACGGGAGGAUCUAUACAGACUUACGGUGUUUAUUACUCCCAAGAUGGCAUUGAAAGGGAGAGGUCGGUCAACGUUUCGGAGCCCGAGUCGUUGGAGCUGAUGGUUUCCAACCUGAAGCCGGAGGCGAGUUAUAGCUUCCGAGUCAUCGCUUACAAUGAGGUUGGACCGGGAGAAAGCUCCGCCCCCUUGAGGAUCACCACCAAACCAGACCUCCAGGUCCCCAGUAGGAUAGACUCACUACGGGCCCAAGCUCUGUCACCAACCUCCAUCCAGGUAAAUUGGGACCCCCCCGGUGCUCCAAAUGGACCAAUCUUGGGAUACAGAGUUCUCUGGACAGAGAGCCUCUCAAGCAAGGAGCAGAGCGUCGAUGUCAACGGAUUGAACUACAAGAUGGAGGGACUCAAUAAAUUCACACAGUACACCGUUUCCGUUUUGGCCGUCAACCGCUUUGGAGGUGGCACUCCCUCAGAGGAUAUCGUCGUCACCACCCAAUCCGAUGUUCCCGGCGCUCCUCCCCAGAACAUCACCUUAGAGGUUGUGCUUUCCAGGAGCAUAAAAGUGUCAUGGCAGCCGCCUCCGCGCGGCGCUCACAACGGCAUCAUCAGCGCUUACAAGAUCAAGUAUAGGAAGACCGGUCGCCGCGGGGACCAGGAAGCCAUUGAACCCAACAACCUGUGGUACCUUUGCACAGGCCUUGAUAAGGGCAGUCAGUACAGUUUCCAGGUCGCAGCCAUGACCACCAACGGAACAGGUCCAGCCAGUGAGUGGUAUACAGCGGAGACACCCGAGAAUGAUUUGGACGAGAGCCAGGUUCCGGACCAGCCCAGCUCUUUGCAUGUCAGGCCCCUUCCCAACAGCAUCAUCAUGUCAUGGACUCCCCCCCUCAGUCCCAGCAUUCUGGUCCGUGGUUACAUCAUUGGCUACGGCGUAGGAAGUCCCUACGCCGAAACGGUUCGAGUGGACAGCAAGCAGAGAUACUACUCCAUUGAAAACUUGGAGCCGAGCUCACACUACGUGAUUUCCCUGAAGGCCUUCAAUAACGCCGGAGAAGGAGUUCCUCUGUAUGAGAGCGCCGUCACUCGCUCUCUGACAGACCCCCUCGACCCAUCUGAAGAUGACCUUUUCCAUCUCUUUGAUAAAUACCCCACUCCCAUGCCAGACACCAGCACACCCAUGAUCCCCCCCGUUGGGGUCCAAGCCGUGGCUCUUUCCUCGGACUCGGUUCGCGUUUCCUGGGCCGACAAUUCCAUGACCAAGAACCAGAAGUCCUCCGAGGUCCGCUACUACUCCGUCAAGUGGAAGACCAGCUACUCCACCAGCGGCAAGUACAAGUCUGCAGACACCACCGCCCUCAGCCAUACCGUCACCGGCCUCAAAGCAAACACCAUGUACGAGUUUGCCGUGAUGGUGACCAAAGGUUGGAAGUCCAGUACCUGGAGUAUGACGGCGCACGCCACCACCUAUGAAGCGGCUCCGAGCUCGGCUCCCAAAGACUUGACGGUGAUCGGUCGGGAGGGACGACCCCGGGCCAUUUUAAUCAGCUGGCAACCCCCCAUGGAGGCCAACGGGCGGAUCACAGGUUAUAUCCUCUAUUACACCUUGGACAAAAACAUGCCGAUAGACGACUGGGUCAUGGAAACGAUUAGCGGCGACCGGCUGACUCAUCAGGUGGUUGAUCUCAACCUGGACACCGUCUAUUACUUCCGGAUACAAGCUAAGAACGCCAAAGGAGUCGGUCCGUUGUCCGAAGCCGUUCACUUUAGGACAGCCAAAGUGGAGCAUCCAGACAAGAUGGCCAAUGAUCAAGGUCGAGGAGGAGACCACGCCUACUGGCCAUCUGAUAGCAACCUCGUUGACAGGAGCAGCAUCAAUGACUCCCCCGUCGGUCAAAUGCAUCCACCGCACGGCAGCGCCACGCCGCAAAAUCACGGCAACCUUUUGGUCAUCAUCGUGGUUUCGGUGGGAGCCGUGACGGUGGUGGUGGCGGUGAUCGUGGCCCUCAUCUGCACGCGACGCUCCUCCGCCCAACAGCGCAAAAAAAGAGCAAGCCACAGCGCCAGUAAGCGCAAGGGCAGCCAGAAGGAUCUGAGACCUCCCGACCUCUGGAUCCAUCACGAGGAGAUGGAGAUGAAGAACAUGGAGAAAGCGGCCAGCGUGUCCCCGUCCGGGCAGGAUUCUCCCAUCCGGUCUUGCCAGGACCUUCCCCAGGUUGCCCGCAGCCAAUCGGAGUGCCAGAUGGGCAGCAAGAGUAGCCACUCAGGAGCAGACGGUGAUGAAGCGUCAAGUUGUAUUUCCACUCUGGAAAGAUCCUUGGCUGCCAGGAGGGGAACGCGAGGCAAAAUGAUGAUUCCGAUGGAUUCCCAACCAAGCAACACACCGGUGGUCAGCGCCAUUCCGGUGCCAUCUCUGGACUCCUCUCAGUAUCCCGGUCUACUUCCUUCGCCUUCGUGCAGCUUCAGCCACAGCAAAUUCAGUUUAAGAGCCAUGCCUUUCCCCAGCCUGACUGUGGACAGAGGAUACACGCAAGUCAUAUCCACCGACGCUUCCAGCAAUCCUCUUCUGCAGCCGCAGUCCCUGCCCCCGCCCCCGCAGCCGACCCCCCUCCUAGCCGGCUCCUCCUCCGCGAGCGCCGGCGAACACGUUGCGGGCAUGGGCCCGGUUCCCGGGGCCCCCGCCGCCACUCCCGCCGUCGCCUCGGAGGAAUCGCAGGCGGGCGCCGGUCGGACGAUCCCCACCGCGUGUGUGCGACCGAGUCACCCGCUGAGAAGCUUCACCAAUCCACUGCUGCCCCCCCCGAUGAGCACCAUCGACCCCAAGGUGUACACCUCCAUGCUGCCGCAGUCCACCGGAAGCCUUCCGAAGCCGCAGGUGAAGACGGCUUCUCUGGGUCAGGCGGGAAAGGCUCGAUCGCCUCUGCUUCCCGUCUCGGUUCCGACGGCGCCCGACAUACCGGAGGAAGGAGGAAGCAAACCCGCGGAGGAUUCGGCUGCCAACGUGUACGAGCAGGACGACCUUUCGGAGCAGAUGGCCAGCUUAGAAGGCCUGAUGAAGCAGCUCAAUGCCAUUACCGGCUCGGCCUUCUAAAGCCUCCAUUUUGGAAGCCCUCGCCCCCCCCCCACCCCACCCCACCUCGUCAGGAACGCUUCUUCAAGCUUUGAUGUCGCCGGCAGUGGCGUCUGGAGUUUGACGCUGCCGCCGGGGACCGUGACCUUCCCUUUCAACUGGAUUUGACCCCGUCCGACAUCAUCGAGUGCAGGAACAAGACCGCGACGGAGCGGCUUCCUCGGUGGGACUUUUCAACCUCAAACUAACAAAACUAAGAACCCACCUCCUUGACUCGAUGAACCAGAGGGCGGGGGAGUUUGGGGGGGGGCUAUAUCACAGAAAAGGAAGACAUUUGGAGCAUCUUUCCGCUUUGCGGUAUUUAUUAGCUCCUCGUUCUUCUCCUGCGCAACUCGGUUACUGUGACUGUACCUCAAUUCCUUUUCAUGACAGCCCUUGGGAGCGCCCCCCCCCCACCCCUCCCUGCCUCCCCCACCAUUUGAACUCCACCUUCACACAAGCGCAUCGAGGCAACGUGAACACGCUUUGCCGCCCGGAACAGCCGGUGUCAAAUUCUUCAACCUUUCCGCAUUUCUUUCGGCCUCGACUUUUCCAGCCGCAAGGCCUCUGACAUUUUGGGGGGCCCUUUUUCCGUCCGUCAAGCUUUCAUCCUUCCAAAUGCGGACCCCCUUUUUUUUGUUGUUGUUAUUGUUGUUGUCGUUUCCUUAAAUAGCGGAGCUGUGGCUGAACAGAAAACUCUUUGGUUUUGUUUGUGCCGAGUCAUCUGUGGACUCGGCAUCGACCGCCUGGCUUGACCGGCGCCUUUGGUCCCGCGAGACCAGACAAACUCUGCAAAGGGGCUUGACGGAAAAAGUGUUGUUGCCCCAAAAAAAAAAAAAAAAAAAGGGAAGCUCACAACAGCCUUCUUUGCAAAUUCAAGGCCGACGUUUUCACUGACAGUUUUGUACUGGCCGUGGGCGAAACGCGUUCCGAUCGUCAGGGCGGAAGAAAAGGCGCCACGCUUGCUGGCGGUCUCACUUUGGACCACCGCGAGUCUGUCAGUCGAAUGUUGCUGCGAAGGUUUAUUCCAAACAAUGGGGAGAAUCUGAUGAUUGCCUAUUUUUUUAAACUUAUUUUUCACAACCAGUAUUCAUGUCCGUGGGUGGCGGGGGGGACGGGGUGGGGGGGGGGGGGGUAGGUCUUCUUCAUGAGUUCCUAUAAACAAACAUUUGUCAACCGUCUUCAGUGUCGCGUGCCCACGCGGUCACAACUUCAGUUUGCGUCCGUCUCAGUGGGGGGGGCCUGCUUUUUAUAUCAAAUCCGAAAGAAAAAAAAAACGCAAACAUAUUUCGCAACGCUAUUUUUCACUCUUUCUAUUUAGUUUGACAAAUUGCCAACAGCGCGCCGGGCGACCGCUUAGCACGCGCGCUUCGCGGUGGAGCGGUGCGAGCUUCGAUUCCGGCUUUCCUGCGUGGACUUUGCGUGGUCCCCCCCGCCCCCUCCCCGCGCCUGCUUGCCCACGUUCCAAAAAACAAAAACAUGCACGGCAGGCCGAUUGAGCACUCGAAAUUGUCCGUCGGUGUGAGUGUGAGCGCGGAUGCUAGUUGGUGUCUGUGUGCCCUGUGAGUGGCUAGCAACCGGUUCGGGAUCGGUCGGUGCCAUUUUUUUUGGGGUGGGGGUUGGGGGGGGUGCGAGCAGUUGUAACGAACCUCGCUAUUCAAAUCUGCCGUAUUUUGCGGCCUUUCAACUACUUUGUUUGGACGGCAGAAGGGAAACGUGUCCAAUUCGACGGGUCAUUAGCAGAGCCUCGUUUUUAUAAUUUUUUUUGUUCGCCGUUGCCACCGACGAGAAGCAUUUUGCGACGUUCCGCGGGGAAAGGCGGCGGCAGACAGUUUUUGGCAGCCACCUCAAAAAAUUCUGCCGUUUUUCAAAACAUCAAAUAAUCUUUGAGGAGCACAUUUGUUUGGAGCUCGGCCGUGCGAUGAAGCGACCCGAAAAAAGGGAAUGAAGGCGAUUUUUUUGUGUGCGGAAAAACAAAAACAAAAGACAAAAGCUUGUUUUUGUUGAAAAUGAUGAGACGUUCAUUAAUCAAGUGAGGUGAAGAAAGCAAGCCGUCAGUCGGCGCCGUAUUUGACUGCGUGGCCCUGUUCUCCAUAUUGUAAUUGACGGACCUUUAUCUGGGCGCGAUGAAAAAAGGCGAAACCUGCGGGGGAGGGGGGAGAGCGAGCGAGCGAGCGCGCUCAGGCGCGGGAGCCGCAUUGAUAUUCCGAGGUGGCUUGCAUGUUGCGAGUGGGGGCACGGAGGAACCGGGCGGCGAAUUCAUUAGAAAGACGUUGCAAACAUUAUGAUUCAAGCUCACGCUCACCGAGCCGUAACGGUGGCGGUGGGAAGAGUCCCGGGAGGGGGUGGGGGGUUGGGGGGGCUAGAAAGGUAACAUCUCUGCAGAAUGGAUGCGGGGAUGAAAGGUGACAGAGGGCAGGCGUGCGGCCGGCGUGGGGAUCAAACUCAUCAACCUGCUCUGGGAAAUGAAUCCACUCUGAGCUAAGCGCUUACAACCCCCCCCCCCCCAGUCCCACCCCCCAAGUGUCAUCCUCCUCCUCCGUCACUCUAACGGCAGAGCGGGAAAAUAGUCAAACAUGAAAGAAGGUUUAGAAAAGGCCUGUAAGACGCAAGGAUGUGUUAGGGAUUUUUUUUCCCUCCCCCUGUAGUGUGAAAAUGUCCAAUGCUCACACUUAACAUUCAAGAUACGAAGGCGCCGCCGCUUCCUUUUCUAUUCAUACGUCAACCGUUGUGUGUCCGCUCUGCGAAAACACACCUACAGCUACGUUUUUUUUUUUUUAAUCGAAGUUUCAGCUGCAAACUUUAUGGCUUUUGAGGCAAAUCCAAGAGAAUCAUCUCUUAGCUUUGAAGCAUAGAAGGAAAAAAAAUACCGUCGGCUAUAUUCUGACAUCAGUAGAAAAGCGGCACAUUGAAUGACUGUCAAGUCUCCGUCGGAUGCUUUUCAUUGAAAGGAACGUAAAGAAUCCACAUGGGGGGGGGGGGAGAGAAACUCUCUCAUUACCGAAAGCCCCAGUCAAAAUUUUUGAAGUUUUAACGGAUGAGGAAAAGCCUUCGGUCGUCGUCUUGAUGGUCGACAUAAAACAGAAUCGUUGGGGGGAAAAAAAAAAAAAAAAAGGCCCAGAAGACGUCGCUCUCAAUGAUAAGAUUCUGUCGUUAUUUUUGGGGGGGGGGGGGGGAGAAAGGAACAUUUUGAUGUGAUGCUGACAUUCCCCUUCCUGUCUGUUUCAUGAUAUCGAGGCUUCCCUUUAUCAGUCAAAAAUAUUAACAUUGACUGCUUUUAUUUUGGUGGGUGAGGGUGGAGGGUGGGGGGGGUUGUGUCCCGUUUGUGUGUUUGACUGUAGAGCAACACGUUGCUGCAGCAGAAGUACAUUGCAGGCCACUGCUGAUUUUUUUUUUUUUUUUUUUUUUUUUUACUGUGCAUACCUCCACGCCAGUAGCAGUAACUUUUUAUACUCAGAUUUAAUAUACAGUAUUAUUCUUAUUUGUAUCAUGGACUUCACGAUCCCGAAGAUGUUUAUUUAUAACCAUGUGACAUUUCUGCAAAUGUGCGUUUUGUUUUUAGUAAAGAGGGGAGACAAAGAAAAGAAAAAAAUUGCACUUUGGUGUUUUUUGUCCAUUUUGUGUUGGCUUGCGGCCUUCAAAGGCGUCCCCGUUUCUUCCCAACAGGAAGCUGAAAUGGUUCGCCGCCAAAGUGGUCCUUGCCGAGGACACACGGUCACCACCGUUUGAUGUUUGCUUGCGUCGAAACUUUGAGCUUCUCACCUAUGCAGUUAUCCUUUAUCGUAGUAAUCGUCAGCAUAAUAAAGUACCGGUAUGAUCAUAAGAUCGCGUGACCGGUGUGACGACAUAAGUGAUGUUUUGUUGCUCACAUUGAAUACCUCAUUGAAUAUUUUGCGUGGAGGGAAAGCUAGUUGAAGAAACACAAGUCGCCCGCAGAGAUUUUUUUGGUUUAUUUGUUUGCUUUAUUUGGUAUGCUUGUACACCCCCACCACCCGCCCACUCCCCAAUGUGAGCACGAUGUCCUCUGUUCCUGACCUUGCCAACUGCAACAGUAAUCCAAGAAACAAUUUUAUUUUCAUAAACUUUAUUUUCAUGACACGCAGAAGGCAACUUUGUUCUUUUUUUUUGGUUUCCAGCCAGCGCAGAAAAGUACGACAUCUGUCAGUAACGACCUCAAACUUGCCUUUGUCAAAACUCAGAAACGCCACGCGGAUGUGCUCGGAUGAGCGUUCAGGAGAAGAUGUCGGUUGUUACAAAUGAGAGAAGUUACAAAGGAAAAAAAAUAAAAUAAACACUGACAGAGUCGGUAGACGAUAUGAAGGUGGUCUGAUUGUGGUCUGCGCCGGCGUGGGUGCGGUGAUGAACAAGAAGAAAGUAAUUGUGUCUGAAUAGAAAGAGAAAACGAAAAGGAGAAUUGGACUCCACUCGAGCCAAAGGGCCAAAUUAAAACUGCGCUUAUCUCCGGCCCGCACAGACAAUGACUUUCUUCCAUUACCGAACAUCAACGGAGAAGCUGUCAGAUGGGCAGCUUGGGGUCAAUACUUUGACGCCAUCCUUUUCAAAGUUCCAUCCUAGAGUCAUUCGAGCCGCUUUAGUUUUGUAGCCGCAACGUUUUUGUGUUUUUCUCCAUCUGAACCAGAGACGAGAUGGUGAUGUGUUUCCGAUCAAAUGGAGGGAGAUAUCUAUCCACAAUCUUGUAUGAGACGGCGGGUUUUGUAACGCACUGUAGAACUGACCCAUGGUCCUUUUUAUAGAAAUGUGAUUUCAAUGUGGCAUUUUUGUUCAAUAAAAGUUUUGAUACGACAGCAA